UGCGUGCACUUGGAACUAUUGAUUACAGUAUCACCUAUAUAUAUUAGACUGUCUCGCGGAGCAAACGAUCAGUGACACAUAGUCGGCUCGUUCCGAAUUAAUCGAUUAAAAAUUCGUUUAUAACGUAAAAAUGAUCGAGACCAAUGUGCCCGCAUUUGCUGAACUCAGUGAAUUUGCAAGUUUGACCGCCGGUGGUUCGGUGAUCUUCGCAACCGACGAUUUCUUCGCCCCAUGCGAGAACAUGCUACAUGAUACCGAACCAGUUUUCAUAGCUGAUAAGUACACUGAGUUUGGAAAAUGGAUGGAUGGGUGGGAAACGAGGCGGAAAAGAAUACCUGGCCAUGAUUGGUGCAUUCUGAAACUUGCCACCAAGUGCGUGAUUCGAGGUCUUCUGGUUGAUACAGCGUUCUUUACCGGAAACUACGCACCGAAAUAUUCCAUUCAAGCUGCGUGUUUAACGCCUGAAGAAGAAGCAUUAUUGCCGGGAAGGGACACGCAAAUGGGGGCAGCGUGCAGUGAAUGUGACUUGAAACGGGUAGAACAGCUUAAGUCUGACAAAUGGGAGGAAAUCGUCCCCAUAACGGCGUUGCGACCCGGCUAUGAAGAGUCCAGAAUGAACUAUCAGAAGGUACUAUGCGAUGAAGCGUGGAGAUACAUAAGAGUGAAUAUUUAUCCCGAUGGAGGUAUCGCUAGACUGAGGGUUUACGGUGAAGCGAAGCCAGAGGCGCCCCCUGCUAGCCAACUGGUCGAUCUGGCUUCAAUGUUAUCAGGAACUACUUGCAUAGGUUAUUCCAAUGCACACUAUGGUCAUCCUAGAAAUAUUAUAAAACCCAGUAAAGGAGACACGAUGGCUGAUGGCUGGGAGACAGCCAGGCGUCUGGACAGACCUGAAGUUCUCGAAGCUACGGAUGACGGCACGUUGAUAGUAACAGGAGAAGAAUGGGCAGUUUUCAAAUUAGGUUUCUGUGGAAGAAUAAAAAACAUAUGUGUAGAUACAGCACAUUUCAAAGGCAACUUCCCUGAUUCCAUAAAAGUCGAGGGAGCUUUACUAGAUAAGGAAUGGUCACAUACAAAAUCAACCAAAUGGUACAACAUUUUGAAACAAAGCAAGCUCUCAGCGAACAAAGAACAUUGGUUCUCGUGCAACUCUGACGCUAUCACGCAUAUCAGAGUCACAAUGGCGCCUGAUGGUGGAAUUAGCAGAAUAAGAACGUUUGGCCACGUUGAACCGACUAUCCUUUGAUUUUUUAAUGCUAAAGCGUUUUUUAUUUUUUAAUCUGAAAAUAUCGCACUUAGGGAUUACUGAAAUGGUCGAGUUACAUGCAACAAUUAAUUGCGCAAACUGUUUGCACAAUCAAACUAAAAAUGCAAAGCGAUAUAAAACUGUCAAACGCCUAAACUUUACGA